UUAAACUGAACUCUGUUUUCUUGUGCAUGUUUCGUGGAAGGAACUCCGCGGAUUUCGUUGGAAAAAUACUCCAUUAUAUUAGUUCUGAAUUGACCUUCCAUCUGCGUGAUGUGGAAGUUAAAUAACAUCUUUCAAACUUCAGCCUAUCAGAUUACGACCUACUUGCAUCAACCGCCUCGUGGAGGACAUGAACGCGUUCAGUGAUGGGAACAUUUUAAUCGUUUAAUUAUGUUUUAUUCAGCAGUGAGAUAUGUCUACCGAAGACGCGAUUUAAUAGGUAGAAUAACUCAGUGUUUUACACAACCCUUAGGAUGUCAUCAAUCGCUGCGGUUUACAUGUGUCGUCUCACAACUCCGAAGGCCUCACAAGAUGUGGGGUUGGUCGUUGUGGAGACUUACCGCCGGAACUGAGCUGUCAUAUUCUACAAAAUUUAUCACAGAAGAUGAAUAUAACGACCUCAUCAGAGAAAUCAAAGAUAACUUUGAAAGAGAUGCGAAGAAGUACCUUAAUCAAGAUGGAAGGAGUGUAGCGGAGAUUAUUCCGAAGAUUAUUAGUGCUUACGAGAGCGGAUUUGGUAAUGCCGAAAAUGACCUCGACGGAGUUCUACGGUAUAUGUAUGCUGUUAGUCUUACAUGUUUGAGGGAUUCGCCAAGAUAUGACAACGUUCAUCUUCUACAAGAUGACAGGUUAUCAUCAGCCCUGCAAACCAUCCUCAACAAAGGUUUAAUGAAGGGAAGUGAUCCUCUCCAGUUAAACAGAUUGUUGUUAGUUGGGCGCACAAUUCAACCGUCUCCAGAAAUCCUCCAGUUUUAUAAGAAACUGGAGAGACACAUGUCACAGGUAUGGUCCAGAUGGCAUGUUAAGUCUAGGAUAGAUGUCUGUCACGGCUGGUUACAGCUAUCUGUACUACACGAGCAGAAGUACUUUGAAGAGGAGAUAAGAUUUUUCUUGAAGCAUUUGAUGAGUGAGGCAAAGCUAAAGAGGAAGAAACUUGAAGGCAAAGAAAUUCACCGGCUUGUUAGUGUUCUAAAAUCUGCAACACACUAUUCUUGUGCACUGGAUGGAAAGUGGGUGGAUAAAAAUGAUGUAAGGCAAGUUUUACAAGCGCUGAAAUUCAACAUUAAAUUCAAUGAGCCAAGAGAAGUGGACAGGUAUGUCAGACUCUGUUAUGAUGUUGAAUAUUUGGUGCCCUCUGACAGUUUAUGGAAGGUGUUUGAGAUUCUGCUUUCUGAUGGAACUAGAGAAUACAAGACACGUGCAUAUUUCUGCAUUUACUGGAUGUUGGAGUUAGCACGAAACCAGAAGUUGAAUAAGGAUUUUAUGUAUGUACAUUAUGAUACAAAACUUGCAGAAGUAUUUAAGGAGCACGUAUCUUUGUUGCCAUUGAAACUCCAGAUUGAUAUUACAUGGCAGUUUAGUAUCAUGUGUUAUUCUGAUCAUGAAAUGCUUUUGAAAGUUGUUGAUAACUUUGUGGCUGAUGCACGAGAUAUCAAAAGUGAUGGUGGUUUUAGAUUAGUUCAGGCUUACCUACUCAUGGAUUGCAAGCCAAAUAUUGCUUUUGUCAAAAAAGUGAAUGAUUUAAUACAAAUCAGAGGGAAAAACACCCCUCCUUUCCAAUUGCUUUCCAUUGCUUGUGAUUUGAUACGCCAUCAUGGCUAUGAUGAAGUCUUCAGUGGAAUACUAGAUAGUUGUUUCCAGUCUGGUCUGAUGAAGGAAAAAUCAUUAAAUGUUACAGAGCCAGAAGGAUGUAGAAGGAUUGUUGAGUUGUUUGGAAGGUUAGAAAUAGAACAAAUUGACAAAUAUGUGAAGAAGAUUCCACCAAACCUCUACAAGGUACGUGGUGUUCAAGACUGUGCAAAGAAAUUGAAAAUAAUUUGCCAGCAUCACUCAAAGAAAGAUGUUUUAGCAGCUGUACAGAAGAAUCUUGGAGGUCCCCACUUGGCAAGAAUCACGCCAGUGCUGCCCAUAUAUCAUUCUAUUGUGGAGUUGUGUUUGAAUGAAUUGAAUGAGCCUGUAGACAUGAAGCUGGUGCCCAGGGUCUUUGAUGAAAAUGGAUUCCUCAAAAUGGAAAACAUGUCUGCCUUGCCAGAAGGAUGGAGCAAAAUAGCAGUGUGGUUUCUACGUGAUGAAGAUCUCUUUAUCAACAAGCCAGAGGAGUUAACUGGUGAGUUAAAAAUGUAG